AUGGCGCAAGGCUUUCUUCCAGACAUCGUCCACACACUCUGGCCGCUCGGCCUUGAUGUUCUCUUUGGUGCCCUGGCCGCGUCCAAAGAGGGACGCAUACUGAAGUACUUCAACGGCAUCGUUAACGAGUGCGGGUCCACAUUCAUGCAGCAUCUGCUCGGAGUGCCCGGCAUCGAUACCCUUGAUCCAGAGAAUAUCGAGGCACUCUUAUCGACCAACUUCAACGACUAUGACCUAGGCCUCCGCCCGAUGACCUUCCGGGCCUUGCUAGGCAGCGGAAUCUUCACGCAGGAUGGAGAAUGCGUACAACGACUUGUCGACUCGAUCCCGGGGAACGGCGUAGUCGAUCUGCAACCCCUAUUCUUCAAGCUCACCUUCGAAAUCACCAUGUUCCUCCUCUUCAGUAAACAUGCCUACAACCUGGGCGAGGUGACUGAGAAGGAAUCCACCUUUGCCGGCGCGUUCAACCUUGCGCAGGACUAUCUCGCGCACCGCGGAAGGCUGGGCGACAUGUACUGGCUCUUCAACGAUAAGAAGUUCCACGACGCUUGCAAGAUCUGCCACGACUUCAUCGACGCAACGGUAGGGAAAGCGCUGGAGGCUGGGAAGGGCAACAUAGAUAAUGAUGACGACGAGGGCAACUACGUCUUCAUUGACGCGUUGGUGCAGCAGACGAGGAAUCCUACCAUCUUGAGAGACCAGCGCUUGAAUGUGCUGCUCGCAGGGCGUGACACCACUGGAUGUUGUCUCAGCUGGACCAUGUGA